AUGGCGGCCAAGUACCUGUUCUACAUACUGGCUCUGUUGGUUCACCUACUCCGUGCCGACGAUACGACUCUUCGAAGUGAAAAUAUACCCGAAACGUCCGCACUUUACAAACUUCAGCGUGCAUCGGCGGGCCGGUCCAGAACUUGGACAUUGGUUGCCAGAAAAUCACCUUGGAACCUCUUAUAAUUCAGAAAUUGAACGGGAACAGUGAGGAUUUUUUUUUGCACGUUCUCGGCGCGAAUUCGAAUUUUUGAAUUUUUCGCUUUGGAAUUAUUGAGGAUCGUCAGAGUGGUCCUUAUAGGGAAGUCCUUUCCUAACCCCUCUAGGGAUCACUCUGGUGUCCCUUAGUAGGGGUCAGACUCUUAACCCCUAGAGGAACCACCUUGAUUUUACCCCUAUAAGGAGCCCUCUUCUGUCCACUAUAGGGGCUUCUUCUCCUAAACCCUCUAGGGACCACUUUACCUCUCCGUAGUACUGGGCGCACUUUUUCGUCCCUAUAGGGGCUUCUUUUCCUAAACCCUAUAGGGACCACUUUGGCGCUCCUUAGUAGGGGUCAGACCCUAAAACCAUAUAGUAAGCACCUGUAUUUAAGCCCUCUAGAGAGCCCUUUUCUGUCCACUAUAGGGGCUUCUUUUCCUGACCCCUAUAGGGACCACUCUGGCGUUCCUAAUUAGGGGUCGGAGCCCAAAAACUUAUAGAAAGCAACUAAAUUGAAGCCCUCUAGGGAGCCCUUUUCUGUCCCCUGUAGGGCCUUUUUCCCCUAACCCCUCUAGGGACCACUUUGGCGCUCCUGAGAUCAAAUAAUUCGGAGCGAACUUUUAGAUUUUUCCUUGAACAAAUGAAACCAUUUUCCUCAAAAAGAACUUGAAUUGGCGCCAAAAACGCGACGCGACCGCUCCGCUUGCCAAUUCCAGAAAGAAAAAUGGAUUAUAGAAAAUUGAAAGUUCAGAAAUAGCCGUUCUAAACAGCGGAAAAUUGGAGACGAUCAUCGAAAUUCGUGCCGGAUUGGUCGUUUCCGAGAACGAUUUGCCCGGCUUCCUGGAAAUCCUACCCAAUUUGAAAGUUCUCAAUAAUGAUGGAGGUUUGGAAUGGCUCGAAGCGCAAGUCGUUUCUGGUCGGGCGCAAGUGCCAAAGGGGUGUUUCAGCUUUGAAUAUGGCUCAUUUUGGAUCAGUUUUUUACGCUGAUUCUGAAUCUGUAUUCAAAAUUGGCUAGGAAGGUCUGAGAGAAAAGUUAUGACCUAUUAAAACGCCUCAAACCAUUCCCCAUGCGACCAUUUUCAACUCUAUUCAGGUCCGGCACUCACCUUUUUCAAGAAUAAAAACUUGAAGUCGUUCAAAAUCGGCAAGGGCACCAAAUCCGGCAUUUCUGGGGUUUGAACCGUUUUUUUUUUUUUGAAAUUUUAAAAAGUAUGAUUCUGAAUGUCUUACCUACACUGACAAAAUCAGCAUUUUUCAACCGAUUAAAAAAAAUUUUCAGGAAAGCGUCGUUUUCAAGGACGAGCCGUUCUUCUCGGACGCCUAUGAAAGUGCCGAAUCGUCAGUUUUUUAUCUUCCUUUUCUUUUUCCGAAAAAUAUGUUUUGGUUGAAUUCUAGUGACUUUUCUGCAAGUGGCAAUUCAAGGGAUUUGAAAAAAAAAAACAAUUUUUUUCCUGAAUAACCCUGAGAAAUUUGGCAAAAAGUCAUGUGGCUCAGUGGCGUUUCAGUCGAACUGCCAUUUUCAAUACCAAGGUUCGGAUCCUCUCAGCGCCAACUUUUUUUUGCCUUUUUGUCAUGGGAAGAUUUUAAGGUUCACAGCCGAAGUUAGUCCAAAAAUGGCCCAAGUUUUUAUCAAAGAUCUUAUUUUUUGCCUAUGGAAGGGCCAAGUCGUCAGUUUUUUCCCUUCUCUGUUAAUCAAAGUUCAAAAAUCCUAUAAAAGCAUCAGUGUUCCCUCUAGUAACUUCUCCGCAAGUGGUCACUCAAGGGAUUUAAAAAAAGCAAUUCUCCCAUGAAAAACCCUGAAAAAUUUGGCAAAAAGUCAUGUAGCUCAGUGGCGUUUUAGUCGAACUGCCAUUUUCGAUACAAAGGUUCGGAUCCUCUCAGCGCCAACUUUUUUUUGCCUUUUUGUCAUGGGAAGAUUUUAAGGUUCACAGCCGAAGUUGGUCCAAAAAUGGCCCAAGUUUUUGUCAAAGAUCUUAUUUUUUGCCUAUAGAAGUGCCGAAUCGUCAAUUUUUUUCUUCUCUGUUUCUCAAAAUUCAGAAAUAUUAUAGAAGCAUCAGUGUUCCCUAUAGUGACUUUUCUGCAAAUGGCCAUUCAAGGGAUUUGAAAAAAACAAUUUUUUCCUGAAAAACCCUGAGAAAUUUGGCAAAAAGUCAUGUAGCUCAGUGGCGUUUUAGUCGAAUUGCCAUUUUCAAGACCAAGGUUCGGAUCCUCUCAGCGCGAACUUUUUUUGCCAUUUUUUCUUUGUGGCCAUUCAAGGGAUUUUGAAAAACAUGUUUUUGUUGAAAUCUAGUGACUUUUCUCUGAUUGGCCUUUCGAAAGAUUUAAAAAAAAAACAAUUUUUCUGUGAAAAACCCUGAAAAAUUUGGCAAAAAGUCAUGUAGCUCAGUGGCUUUCCGGUCAAACUGCCAUUUUCAAUACCAAGGUUCGGAUCCUCUCAACGCAAAAUUUUUUUGCCUUUUUUUCUGUGGAUCGGUUCACAGUCGAAGUUGACUCAAAAAUGGUCAAAAAAUUUUUUCACAUUGUAGUCAUGUACAGAGACGACUUAAAGUAGAACUCUAAAGGGAUCACUUGAAAUUAUCGAUUUUUCAGGUACAAAGCCCUACUUGACUUGGCGACCGAAUUUAAAACAUCAAAUUGCUACGCGCCAUUUGUUGGAAAAAUCACUCCGGCGGAAGUUGAAGGUUUGGUUUGGUCGAAAAGGCCGCAUGGGGAAUAGCUCGGCCCGACCGGAACGACUUGCGCCCUGUCUGAGCCAUUCUACGUGCGACCAAUGCUUUUUUUAAUGAGGGAAAAUUGAAGGAAUGAGCACUUUCGAAAUCGUGUACAUUGUUGUGGUCGCUGUCUUCAGUCUUAUCUUGAUUGGCGUCCUUUUUGCCAUCAUCAAGUGUGACUACCAUGCACUGGGGAAGCUGGGAAAGGAGAAACCGAGAGGUGAUUUUUUUCAAAAAAAAAUUGUUCAUUUAUAAUAGUUUUAAAGUUAGUUUAAAGGCGCAGACCCUCAAAAUAACAUUUUUUGGAGUUUUCGAAGUUUUUCGAAGUACUUUAGGGGCCGCUGGGAAAGGAGAAACCGAGAGGUGGUUUUUAAAAAAAAUAGUUCAUUCAUAAUAGUUUUAAAGUUAGUUUAAAGGCGCAGACCCGGAAAAAAAUCAAUAUUUCUCGAAGUUUCAAAAAUUUUCCAAGCACUUUAGUGGCCACUAGAAGAGGAAAGAACCAGAGGUGACAUUUUUGAGAAAAUAGUUCAUUCAUAACAGCUUGGAGGGCAGUUUAAAGGCGCAGACCCUGAAAAAUUACUUUUUCUUGAAUUUAGAAAUUUUUUCAAGUACUUUAGGGACUACUGGGAAAGGAGAAAACCCGAGGUGACAGUUUUGAAAAAAAAUAUUUCAUUCAUAUUAGCUCGGAAGGUAGUUUAAAGGCACAGAACCUGAAUAAUCAAUAUUUCUCGAGUUUUCGAAAUUUUUCCAAGUACUUUAGGGGCCGCUGGGAAAGGAGAAAACCAGAGGUGACUUUUUAAAAAAUGGUUCAUUCAUAACAGCUUGGAGGGUAGUUUAAAGGCGCAGACCCUGAAAAAUCAACAUUUCUCUAUUUUCCGAAAUUUUUCAAGUACUUCAGGGACCACUAGGAGAAGAGAAAAACUAGAGGUAGAAAUUCAUAGUUCAUUUAUAACAGAUUGCAGGGUAGUUUAAAGGCGCAGACCCGGAAAAACUACUCUUCCUCGAAUUUUCGAAAUUUUUCCAAGUACUUUAUGAUCCGUUGAGGUAUUUUUAGAAAAGCCAAAAAUGUACAGAAAUCCUUGCUUUUUCUGAAAAUAAUUGCUUAAAAGUAGUCCUUCAAGAGUUUUAAAGGCGCAGGGCGUGGCUUUGAUCUUUUCGCUUCCAGAACUUUUUUUCAAUUUUUAUCUGCUCCUUUAAAAAAUUCCCAAAAAAAUAUUUUUUUUUAUUUUUUUAUUUUUGCCUGUACAACCCUUCCAUUGAAAAACAUAAAUAAUUUAUUUCAUAAUUUUUUUAAAUUCUCAGAACAUCGCCCGAGAGAAUACACGACAAAAUCGCCGAUGAAUUUCGCAAUGGAGCCGCACAAAAGAUCGCAUUACAACAGCAAGAAAGAAUAUUGA